GGCUGUGGUGCAGCGCGUGGUAGUUGUGUCAGAGCAACAAAAUUCAGAGGGUCUUCACACAGUCAGAAAGAAAGAGAAGGUUUUCGCCAAAGAGGCCCUGAUUGGUGAUAGACUGUACCCUGUGGUCCCACUGAAAGAACACCACCCCCGGCAGGCUGGCCAAACCCCCUCCCUCCUGCCUCCAUGUAUCCUGAAUCUACCACAGACUCCCCUGCUCGCCUCUCCCUCCGACAGACUGGCUCACCUGGCAUGAUCUACAGCGCUCGUUAUGGGAGCCCCAAACGACAGCUGCAGUUCUACAGAAACCUUGGGAAGUCAGGCCUGCGGGUGUCCUGCCUCGGAUUAGGAACAUGGGUGACGUUCGGCGGACAGAUAACGGAUGAGAUGGCGGAGCAGCUGAUGACUCUGGCCUAUGAAAAUGGCAUCAAUCUGUUUGACACAGCGGAGGUCUACGCUGCUGGGAAGGCAGAGGUGGUGCUCGGGAACAUCAUAAAGAAGAAAGGAUGGAGACGUUCAAGCCUGGUGAUAACAACAAAGAUCUUCUGGGGCGGAAAAGCGGAAACUGAGAGAGGUUUAUCCCGAAAACACAUUAUAGAAGGUUUAAAAGCAUCUCUAGAAAGACUGCAGUUAGACUACGUUGAUGUGGUUUUUGCGAACAGACCGGACCCUAAUACACCUAUGGAAGAAACGGUGCGAGCAAUGACCCAUGUGAUAAAUCAAGGCAUGGCCAUGUACUGGGGGACGUCCCGCUGGAGCCCAAUGGAGAUAAUGGAAGCGUAUUCUGUGGCACGACAAUUCAACCAGAUUCCUCCUAUCUGCGAGCAGGCUGAGUACCACAUGUUUCAGAGAGAGAAGGUGGAGGUGCAGCUACCUGAGCUCUUCCAUAAGAUAGGUGUGGGAGCCAUGACGUGGUCACCACUGGCCUGCGGGAUCAUCUCAGGGAAAUACGACGGCAGGGUGCCUCCCUACUCUCGGGCCUCUCUGAAGGGUUACCAGUGGUUGAAGGACAAGAUCUUGAGCGAGGAGGGCCGGCGUCAGCAGGCGAAGUUGAAAGAGCUGCAGGCAAUCGCGGAGCGGCUGGGCUGCACUCUGCCCCAACUCGCCAUCGCGUGGUGCCUACGGAACGAGGGGGUGAGCUCUGUCCUUUUAGGGGCGUCCAACACCGACCAGCUGAUGGAGAACAUCGGAGCGAUACAGGUUCUUCCAAAGUUGUCGUCGUCCAUCACACACGAGGUGGACAGCAUCCUGGGGAACAAGCCGUACAGUAAAAAGGACUACCGCUCCUAACGUGCAGCACGGCCCCGCCCGGCAGGGCUGCACCCGGGCUGCAGCCGCAGCGCCCCACCUUUGCCUGAUCCUCUGUUUGCUUGAGCUUUUACUGAGUGAGACCCUGGCGCAUGAGUCUGGCCACACCAAGGCCACCCAGGGCACCUCAUUUAGAGUUACAGGGAUAAGAUAAGAAAAGGGGGAAAAAAUACAGUCACCUCCACAGGAAAGGAAGGGAUUGACAAAGAAAGACAAAAAUGGAAGAGAGGUUAGGGAUAUGUGCUCAUACUUAAAUCAGUUAUUCAUUAAAUUCAGCUGAACGUAUUUUAAAACCGUAGAGAAAAAUACCUUUUUAAAAAAAAAUAAGCACACGCUUGCUUGGCAGCCAGAUUUCUUUUUUCUUUUUUUAUUUUUGUUUGCUUUUUUUCUAAAACUGAAUGCAACUAAAAGGAAGAUUAAGUUCAUACUGUAUGAAUAUACAAGAACUACUCUGUUGCACAUGUACCAUAGCCAUGCAUCUGUUUCUUGGACGUUCUGUUUACAAACACCUGUGUACUGUACAAGUCUGUCAAGGUUUCUCUAAAAGAAAAACUGUUUGUGUUGUCUACAUUAUCAGUGUAUGAGCCUUUUCGCAGGCUUUAACAAUCAGCACUUUAGUAUUGUCAGUAUAGGUGUUAGAGGGUAGUUUUAAGGAGGGGAGGGGAUAGAUAUUACAAUAGUCUUAUCUCACAGCCAUUGCACUAUAGAAACGCGUCGCCUCCUGAUAAUUCCCUCUCCUCAUCCUCACAUCCUCCCUCUGUCUUCACUGGCAGUGCGUUUGUCCAGCCUGAUGCUCCGAAACUCCGGUUGUCAAAGCACGACGGUGAAGUCCUGCAUUCGCCAGGAGUGAGAGGACCGAGGCUCAAUCCUCGUCCUGACCAGUGAACCGUCUGCAAUGACAAGUCAGGAGCGUGGGCCAAUGUGUCAGGGCAACUGUGUGCCACUGAAGAGAUUAGCUAUUUAUUCAUCCCUAAUUGUAGGAACUGCAGGCCGUGUUAAAUCAAACGUAGUGUCCUACUUCACUGUGUUACCCAGCCUCUGUUCUCUGUUUUUAAGGCUGUUACUGUACAGGAAGUGGUCAUAUCAGUGCUGGCUCAACAUCUCAUGGAAAUUUCUCCUUGAUCAAAUUUUGUUCAAGUAUUUUGCCUUAUUUACAGUUGUGCUGUGGGCUUUGGCGUAAACAAGCAGCUGGAAAGCUGCCCCUUGGCUCAUGUCCCCAGUAUAUAUAGUGGAAGUGGUGUUUGUUGCUCCUUAAUUGGGAGGAAAGAGCCGUACGUGUAAUUAAUCAGUUCGUGGCAGCAGCUCAGGGAACGGAGCAGGUGGAUUCAGUGGCGUGUUGGUGUGCACGUUGGUCAGGAGGUUGUAUUUACUUGUCUGUCUUUCUUUCAUUGUUGGACACUGGGGAGGACCAGUGACAUUUUAGCGUGGCUUGAGCCAAAGAUCUUCUUCUUCAUCUCUCUCUGACAAAACACACCCGAGUGUUUCACUCUCACUUCCUACAAGAUUCUAGAAAUCAUCUUGACGCAUGUGCUGUCCAGCUUGUUAUCUAUCUAUAGUAUGGACUUUACUCCAUAUAUAUCUUUACUUGACCAUGCUGUUAUACUAGUUAACAAAUAACAUCCUUCAUAUACAGAAUGCAUAGUACAGCUAAAAUGCUUUAGGAGCGGUAAGGUUCGUGUCAGGCGGCAGAUGACCUGAGACGUGUCAGGAGUAUUAUUGCAAAAAUUUGACACCACCCUGUAUCACUCUGUCUCCUCCGGGUGCUCUCUUACUGUGAUUAAAGCACAAGUGGAUAGCAUGUGACACAUCCUCAAAGCAUGGACCCUUUUCAUCCAGCCUACAGACAAGCAAAGUGAUGCUUCUCAGCUUACUAACACAUGUAGAUAAAAAGUCUUUACUAACAGCUGAUAAACUAUUGAUUCUUAGCAGAGAAAAAAAAAAAAACAAGUACAGAUUAAGAAAACUGUCAUGUUGGUGUGAAUGGUGACACGAAGGAGAUGUAAGUGUUGAAAAGGGAGGAGAUGAGUUUGAGAAUCAAAGUGAACGUCAGCGUGUGGGAUUUGUGCGGAUGAGGUUCACAGUCUCCUUUGUCUCUGAGGUGAUUUGUAACAACAGCAAAGUGAUUUAAAGGCUGUGCUGUUGAACCUGCGUGUGUGUGUGUGUGUGUGUGUGUGUUUGUGGGAAGAGGGGGGGAGCUAAUCCCUUGCUUUAGCCUGUUGUAUAAGUUGAACCCUGUAUUCAUUUGAUUUGCUGUGUCUUGUACUUCAAGUGAAUAAAACUGGUGCGAGCCAA